CGCCGGUAGCGGGAGGGACCCGGCGCGGGCGGGAGCGCGGCGGUCGGGGGACACCAGCCGUGGUGGGAGCGCCCAGCACGCCCCGCGCUCCGCCGAGCCCCGCUCCAUGCACACCCGCGGGCGGGAGGGCGCCACGCACGUCGCCGCCGCGGCCGUCCCUGCGGGGCGGUGACAGAGCUUGCCUCGGAGACGCCGAGAGCCCGCGCCGGGGGCCCUGACUCUAUGGCCCGGGGGGAGCGCGCCGGAGCCGCCGCGCCGCCCACCCUCAGCCGGAACCCGAGCGCCCCCGGGAGGAAGCCGGGAGCUCCGGGUGCCCCUGGCCCCGGCCCAGGGGCCUGCCAGUGGCCCCCGCUCCCGCCGCUGGGCAUGGGAGGCAGGUAGCCCGCUCGCGCCAGGGCACCCACAGCGGGCGGGACCCGCCAAGGACCGCGAAGUCCCGAAGAGGAAGCAGAGGAGCGGCCUUCCCGCCCCCGGCCGCAGCCCCAGCAGGGCCCUCCCCCGGCGGCGCGCACCGGCGCGCGCACACUCGCACACCGCACCUCCGCUCCGGCCCGGCCUCGCCCCCACCUGCGAGCGCCGAACCCCCUGGGGCCGGAUGCCAUGGGUAACAACUUCUCCAGUAUCCCCUCGCUGCCCCGAGGAAACCCGAGCCGCGCGCCGCGGGGCCACCCCCAGAACCUCAAAGACUCCAUCGGAGGCCCCUUCCCUGUCACCUCUCACCGAUGCCACCACAAGCAGAAGCACUGCCCACCGGUGCUGCCAGGUGGGGGGCUCCCAGCCACACCGCUGCUCUUCCACCCACACACCAAGGGCUCCCAGAUUGUUAUGGACCUCAGCCACAAGGCCGUCAAGAGGCAGGCCAGCUUCUGCAACGCCAUCACCUUCAGCAACCGCCCAGUCCUCAUCUACGAGCAAGUCAGGCUGAAGAUCACCAAGAAGCAGUGCUGCUGGAGUGGGGCGCUGCGGCUGGGCUUCACCAGCAAGGACCCGUCCCGCAUCCACCCUGACUCGCUGCCCAAGUACGCCUGCCCCGACCUGGUGUCCCAGAGUGGCUUCUGGGCCAAGGCACUACCCGAGGAGUUUGCCGAUGAGGGCAACAUCAUCGCGUUCUGGGUGGACAAGAAGGGCCGCGUCUUCCACCGCAUCAACGACUCAGCUGUCAUGCUGUUCUUCAGCGGGGUCCGCACGGCCGACCCGCUCUGGGCCCUGGUAGAUGUCUACGGCCUCACGCGGGGCGUCCAGCUGCUUGACAGCGAGCUGGUGCUCCCGGACUGCCUGCGGCCGCGCUCCUUCACCGCCCUGCGGCGGCCGUCGUUGCGGCGCGAGGCGGACGACGCGCGCCUUUCGGUGAGCCUGUGCGACCUCAACGUGCCGGUCGCCGACGGCGACGAGGCCGCGCCUGCCGCCGGCUGUCCCAUCCCGCAGAACUCGCUCAACUCGCAGCACAGCCGCGCACUACCCGCGCAGCUCGACGGCGACCUGCGCCUCCACGCCCUGCGCGCCGGCGCGCACGUCCGCAUCCUCGACGAGCAGACGGUGGCGCGCGUGGAGCACGGGCGCGACGAGCGCGCGCUCGUCUUCACCAGCCGGCCCGUGCGCGUGGCCGAGACCAUCUUCGUCAAGGUCACGCGCUCGGGCGGCGCGCGGCCCGGCGCGCUGUCGUUCGGCGUCACCACGUGCGACCCCGGCACGCUGCGGCCGGCGGACCUGCCCUUCAGCCCCGAGGCCCUGGUGGACCGCAAGGAGUUCUGGGCCGUGUGCCGCGUGCCCGGGCCCCUGCACAGCGGCGACAUCCUGGGCCUGGUGGUCAACGCCGACGGCGAGCUGCACCUCAGCCACAACGGCUUGGCCGCCGGCAUGCAGCUGUGCGUGGACGCCUCGCAGCCGCUCUGGAUGCUCUUUGGCCUGCACGGGGCCAUCACGCAGAUCCGCAUCCUCGGCUCCACCAUCCUGGCAGAGCGGGGUAUCCCAUCACUCCCCUGCUCCCCCGCCUCCACGCCAACCUCGCCCAGUGCCCUGGGCAGCCGCCUCUCUGACCCCUUGCUCAGCACGUGCAGCUCUGGCCCUCUGGGUAGCUCUGCUGGUGGGACAGCCCCCAACUCACCAGUGAGCCUGCCUGAGUCACCAGUGACCCCAGGUCUGGGCCAGUGGAGCGAUGAGUGCACCAUUUGCUAUGAACACGCGGUGGACACGGUCAUCUACACAUGUGGCCACAUGUGCCUCUGCUAUACCUGUGGCCUGCGCCUCAAGAAGGCUCUGCACGCCUGCUGCCCCAUCUGCCGCCGCCCCAUCAAGGACAUCAUCAAGACCUACCGCAGCUCCUAGCCCAUUGCGGUGGGCCACCCCGCACGCCCACCUCCUCGGGCUUCUGCCCAGCCCCAGCUGAGGAACAAGCCAGUGGGGCCCCUUCUCUUCCUCAUUUUGGAAACUUUUCCUCCUCCAUUAAACAUGGGAAACUGAGGCCCCUGAAAGUUUGGGGAGGGGGGGUAUCAGGCAGGGAGGGGCAGAGGCAAAUCACCGAUGGAGAGGGGAGGGGACAAGGCCACACUCUCACUGUCUCUCCCUUCUCUGCAUCCAGCUCUUCUCUGCAUGCUGAGGGCUGAAUUGGGAUCUCAGCCUGCCCGAAUCCUUCCCCAUCUGGGACAGGUUUCUAGGAGGUCGCUGUAGUCCGUGUGGCACCUUUGUGAAAAUCAGAAAACGGGGACCUUCCUGUGGGCUGCUGCAGCCCUGAGCCGGGGCAUGUGGCCUGGCUGGUGCAGUGUGGACUGGAUUUUAGGCUCAUUUGCUCCUUUAGCCAACUUGAGUGGUCUGCAACCUGCUCAACCUCUGGAGCUGUUGUCCCCCUCUGACCUCUGCCUGCCUUCUCGUUCCUCAUUCCCUGCCCACUGGGCAUGGCAGCUGGGGGUGAGAGGCUGGUGGGUGCCUCUUAUCCUGGGCAGGCUGACGCCAUGUCUCUCCCACUAGUCGAUGGGCACAUGAACAGGCUGCAGAGGGCUCCAGGUUCUAGGCUCCUGGCUGAGAAGGGAGGACCCCGGCCUGGCCGUAACCUUCCUUGCCCCCUCGUCUUGUUGGAUGCCGUUGCCCAGGGGUAGCCCUUCGGUAUGGGCUGGGGGAUAGGGUUGGUCUUCUGCCAGGGUCUCUAAGGACAGGUUUGCAGCUACCCUCUCUGACUUGUUCCCCACAAUUUGUGCUGUCAGGGCCUGGGCUGAUUGUCAGAGCCUGUGGCAUUACCUGGGAUGGGCCAAGGAGCUGGGUAGGGGUAUGUGGUUUCCCUGGGCUAAGACCAGCCUUUUUCCUUAUUUUUAUUUAUUUGGUUUGUGGGUUUGGGUUUUUGUUUGUUUGUUUGUAGGUGAGUUCCCAUCCCCUGGGCCCCUAGAAAAGCUGCCCUUGUGUGUGGGCUACCUGGGAGAGGGUGCGGCUGAGGCAGUCAUCACUCAAUAUCUUCCUCUGACUCCAGCCACAAAGCUCAUAGCCAGGCCUGCCCACCAAGAAUUGCAACUUCAUAAGGAGGUACCAAAUUGGGAGACUUUUUGGCAAACAGUGUCUAUUUACAGAGAGGCAGACUGAGCCUUCUUAGUGCCCUGGGGCUGGUGGUCACCCAGAGCCACAGAGCGCCCUUCCUCCCAGGUCAGAGCUCAGUUAUCAUGGUUGGCUCAGGCACAUCAGGUGGCCCAGGAGGUCCCUCCUCCAUAAGGACAUCAAACUUCCAGGAGGGCCAGGGUUCCCAGCAUGGGCCAGGAACAGGAGAGGGGGACUUUCUCAUGGCGGGGCAGGGAGCUCAUUUGUAGGGAAGGCUCUCCACCCUUGGAGAAUGAGCAGGCAGGGACUGCCUCUUGCACUUCCAGGUUCUCAUUCUGAGUUCUGGGGAGGGAGCGCCCAUCUGCUCUGAGCUUGGUCCUCUCAGCUCUGCCUGCCCUGGCCUCUCCCAGUCCUCUGCCCCAUCAGAUGGCUUUUUGUUUUUGUUUUGCAUCCAUCAGAGCCUGCUCCUCCGUGUGGCAGGCAGGGCAUGCAUUUUAGUCGUGACCACUGACCAGCUAUGUGGCCCUGGCCAAGUCAUAGCUGCCUGGAGCCACAGCUUCCACUUCUAUAAAAUGGUGGUUUGGGGAGGGAGGAGCAGGCUUUCUGUGAGACACUCGGGAGUUCUUCAGUGAGGACUGCCGUGGGGUGGUAUACCAGGACCUCGGGCUGGGCCUUUGUGCUGCCCUUGCAGUGGGCUUAUGGGGAAGCCACCGUUCCGCUAUGGGUCUCUACUCUCCAGUCACUGAAAAUGGGAGAACUUUUCUGUGGGAGGAAGCAGGUGGGGGGCUGGCUAGCGGGCCCCCUCAGCCAGGGAUCCCAGAGGCCAAGGGUUUGGGAGAGGAAACCAUCAUCCCAUUACCUCUGUCAGUGCAGGGGUGGCUGCUGCUGCCCUUGUGCACUCAGGUCGCUGUGAUUGUGAAUAAAGGUGAUUUCGUACCA